AUGGAAAGUAAUCCGACUCAAACCCUCCACCAGGCGAUCCAGAAGAAAUUUGGCUUGCCAAGUGCCUGCGAGGGUGCCAGUUCAAAAUUAUGUUGUGACCCUGAAACGAAUUCAAAUCCCCCACAGUUUAUCAUACCGCAGCUGAGGAUAGGUGAGGACCUAGGCACCCAGGAGCUGUUGCGACAAGCAUCGGAUGCACGGACCGAAAAACUCCUCAACGACAUUAAGCGUCGUCGUCAGUGCAGCGAAACCGAAAACAACACAUCUGGUUUUAUCAUCCCCAAGUUGGGAGCUGUUCCCGGAGAGCCUCUGGGAGAGACCAAGCUCAAUAUACCACUUCUGGCCCGUUUGGAGCAAAGUGUGGGCCAGUUACACAUUAGCAGCGGAGACGGUGACAGAGUAGGCGACACGAGGCUAGCGUCGAUGCCACAAACUGGUCCGACUCCCCUUAUUGACCUCACGUCUACGGUAAUAGCCGGCGUAAAGGAUGCACCGCCAAAGGAGUCCGCCACCAAAGCGAAGGAGAAGCAAAAGAGACGAAACACUGAAAACUUUGAGAUUCCAUUCAUUGCUUGUAAUCCUGUGCGUCGGUGCAAGCUUUCCGGAGGCUUGCUUGCCAAUCGAAGGCACUCCCUGCACGAUGAGAAUGUAGACGAGUCGGAGAAAGGGGAAAUCCUUGAAAUAAAAGAAGAGCCAAGUGCUGUUGGCAGCAUGCUUGACACCAUUGUGGGCUACCCAGAACCAAGACGACCUCAGCUUGAGUACGCCGUAACUAGUUUGGAGCGGCAGCACUUGAAGUUGUGUGUCCGGCCGGAUUAUGGCACUCAAAUAAAACGAUUCCGCUUCGACACACCUUCUCCGGACGAGCUGGUUAAGCAAGCGCUGCAAAAGUCCUGGCGCAUCUCGCGCACCUGACUCUAGUUUAAAAUAAGUUGACAAUUACCAAUUAGUAAACGAAAAAUAAAUGCAAUUAGGUCAAAACCAUUUCCAAUCGA